GGUGCAUUGCCGCCUGGUUGUGUAAGAGGAAUUGGACUCAGGCCCAUUUUUUUUAAGGCAACAACAGAAGAGUUGGGAAGCAAAUGUUGACGCUCCGUACCUAGAAAUUAAUUGCACGUAACGGGAUUACAAAAGUGGUAAAUAAACCAACGGUGAUCAAGAAUUUAGAAGCGGACUUACACCUGUUACUGCGCUCUACCUGUUGCUUUUUUAUAACAAGUGCUGGACGAAGUAAAGUCUAACAACGUCUGUAUAAGAGCAGACUUGGUGCUACUUAAUACAUUAUGUUCCUUUCACCCUAUUCAAAUAACAUUUUUAAGCAUCUGUAGUAGGCGUGCUCUCACUGGUUUUUGAUAGUACUUCUCAGAAGAGGUGCUUAAUAUUUCCUUGCUAACACUGUAAUCACCACUGGAUGCGGUGGUACUGGUUGCAUCAAUGACGACUGAACAGGAGGGUGAUGGCGAGUCUUUCGUGCAGCCGCAAGACAGCGGCAGCGUUAGAAAGGGCUGUGAUCCUUUUGCUCAAACUCAGCGUAGCAAACUACAACACAGACGAGCCCGGAUUAACCAGCAGAUUAACAAGGAGAUGAGAAUGAGAGCUGGUGCAGAAAACCUGUUCCGGGCCACCAACAAUCAUAAAGUAAAGGAAACUGUGGCACUGGAGCUGAGCUAUGUUAAUUCUAGUCUGCAGUUACUGAAGGAAGAACUAGAAGAACUGAACAGUUCCGUGGAAGUGUAUCAGAAUGACAGUGAGUCUAUCAGUGUUCCUAUGAUUCCAUUGGGCUUAAAGGAAACAAGAGAAAUUGACCUGACAGUACCACUAAUGGAUGUUAUCCAUGAACACUACUAUGAAGAUGGCUCCCAGUUUGAAAAAGAGAUCAAAGAGUUCAUGGAUCUUCGGCAGGCAAUGCGCACACCAACUCGAAAUGAAGCUGGGUUGGAACUACUAAUGGAGUAUUACAGCCAACUCUAUUAUCUUGAGAACAGGUUUUUCUCUCCGAGCAAGAAUUUGGGCAUCUAUUUUCACUGGUAUGAUUCUUUAACAGGUGUCCCUUCUUGUCAGAGAGCUCUUGCCUUUGAAAAAGGAAGUGUACUCUUCAAUGUUGGAGCACUGUAUACACAAAUAGGUGCUCGGCAGGAUCGAAGCACUGUUGAAGGCAUAGACAAUGCUAUUGAUGCAUUUCAGAGAUCUGCAGGUGCAUUUAAUUACUUGAAAGAAAAUUUCUCAAAUGCCCCAAGCCUUGAUAUGAGCAGCGCCUCUCUGAACAUAUUGGUACGACUAAUGAUUGCACAGGUGCAAGAAUGCAUAUUUGAAAAAGUCAUGCUAACCAAAACCAAACAUGACUUCCUAACUCCGCUCCAGAUUGCCCAAGAAGCUGCCAAGGUUGAUGAUAUCUAUGCACUGGUUUAUCAGACAAUGUUGCAACCUCCAGUCAAGGACUAUAUUCCAUUUUCCUGGACAGCGAUGGUUCAAGUUAAGUCUCAGCAUUUCAAAGCACUGUCUCAUUACCAUGCAGCCAUUGCACUUUGCGAAUACAGCUCUAUCCCUGAAAAAGAGGAAAAUGAAUAUGAAAAGAUCUUCCUGCAGUUUCAUGUCACAGUACCAGAGGGACCUUCUGUUAAUGUCUUGCUACAUGACCAUGAAGAACGACAGAAAUUAGGUAAAGCUCACCUAAAAAAGGCAGUUAUACAGCAUGAAGAAGCAAUGAGGCUCCAUGGUCUCUGUAAGAUCCUGCGAAAAAUAGAUAUACUACAGGAAGUGUUGUCAUUUGCUCAUAGACGAUCACUGAACAAAUAUUCUGAAAUAGACAAUGAAGAUGAUUUUUUUGAAACUGUAGAGCCUCCUGACAUACAUUCCAAAACUGAACAGAAACCUGAAAUCAAGACACCAAAUUUUACAAAGGUAAAAGUCACAGACCUCUUCUACAGACUGGGACCAUUAUCUGUUUUUAAUGCCAAAUCCAAAUGGAGCCCACCCAGAACUGUUCGUCUUGUAAAAGGAGAGUGUGGAUUUGGGUUUACUUUGAGAGGAGAUGCCCCAGUGCUUAUUGCAGGAGUUGUAGCAGAUGGCUGUGCAGCAGAAGCUGGUUUGAAAAAAAGUGAUUAUAUUGUCUCCAUAAAUGGUUCAGAUUGUAAGUGGUCUAAGCAUGCUGAAGUGGUGCAGGCACUGAAGAAUAUAGAAGACGAUGGAGUUGACAUCAGUGUGAUCACCCCCCAGUGUCCCGAAGUUCAGACAGUGGCUGACAGAAAAUCAUUAAUAUCUUCAAGUGGUUUUCUGGGAAGCAGUAACAAUAACAAGGAAAAUGCCCCAAAAAAUAUUCAGAAUAGCCUGAGUACAGGCACACUGCUUCACUGGAAUAAAAAGAAAAGCACCAGCAAGAGAAAUAAUGGUAGCACCUUCAGCCUUCCCUUUGCCUCAGUCCGAAACAAUGAGUCAAUGUACUGAUUGCUUUUCCAGCUCUGUGGAGCACUGUAGUCACCAGUCACACAGUGAAUACUUAUGUAAACCUGUUUCUAUGGUACCAAGGCAUAAUGUGAUAUCCAUCCACAGCAAUGAAAACUAAUGAACCUGCUGCAUUGAAAUGACCACUGUUAUAACAGUUAUCAAUAAUAUUGUGAAGUACAGAUUUCAUACUCUCCUAUGUUCUGAAAAAAUGUUGCUUAAAGCUGCUAGUGCAAGAUAGAACUUCAUAACAGUAAAAUUGUACAAACGUCUGGAAAAAAAACAAAGGCCUUUCUUAAAGUAUGAGGUGUUCAUAAACUGGAAGCAAAUGAAA